UCUUGGUAAGCAGCAUUUUUCAUAGCAGCCAUUAUUGUUACUUAUUUCUUUGUCAUUUCAUUUGCAAUUUUUUCAUUCUUUAUUGGUGUUUAAUUGUGACCAUCUUUUAUUUAUUAUCACAUCAUCUUAAAUUAUAUCUGCUUACUUUGUUGUUACAUUGUUGUACGAUUUUUCAUUUCUUUCCGCUCUUCGAACUUAUAAAUUGUUUCUUCACCUCGAUCCCGGUUUAAAAGGAAGUUUAAAUUCCAAUUUUGUAACCCAACCCUUUUCUUUAAAUCGCAAAUUCUAAACUAAAAUGGCUAAGGCUCCCGCUAUCGGUAUAGAUUUAGGUACUACCUAUUCAUGUGUUGGUGUUUUUCAACAUGGUAAAGUAGAAAUUAUCGCCAAUGAUCAGGGUAACAGAACAACCCCAUCUUAUGUAGCUUUUACUGAUACCGAGAGGUUGAUUGGUGAUGCGGCCAAGAACCAGGUUGCCAUGAACCCUUCAAACUCGGUCUUUGAUGCUAAACGAUUGAUAGGAAGGCGUUUUGAUGAUCCCAUGAUUCAAUCUGAUAUGAAACAUUGGCCAUUCAAGGUUGUAUCCGUUGAUGGAAAACCAAAAAUUCAAGUUGAUUUUAAGGGUGAAACCAAGACUUUCUUCCCAGAAGAAGUUUCCUCAAUGGUUCUUACUAAAAUGAAGGAGACCGCCGAGGCUUAUCUUGGUAAACCAGUUACCAAUGCAGUUAUCACUGUUCCUGCAUAUUUCAACGAUUCUCAGAGACAGGCAACCAAAGAUGCUGGUACUAUUGCUGGUCUUAAUGUAAUGAGAAUUAUUAACGAGCCUACCGCUGCUGCUAUCGCUUACGGUCUUGAUAAAAAAGGUGCCGGUGAACAAAAUAUUCUUAUUUUUGACCUUGGAGGUGGUACUUUUGAUGUUUCUAUUCUUACCAUUGAAGAUGGUAUCUUUGAAGUAAAAUCCACUGCUGGUGACACCCAUCUUGGAGGAGAAGAUUUUGAUAACAGAAUGGUAAACCACUUCAUUGAAGAAUUCAAGAGAAAACACAAGAAAGAUAUUACUCAAAACAAACGUGCUGUUCGUCGUUUACGUACUGCUUGUGAGCGAGCGAAGCGAACCCUAUCUUCAUCUUCUCAAGCUAGCAUUGAGAUUGAUUCACUCCAUGAGGGAGUAGACUUUUACUCUACCAUCACUCGUGCUCGAUUUGAAGAAUUGUGUUCUGACUUAUUCAGGUCAACUCUCGAGCCUGUUGAGCGAUCUCUACGAGAUGCAAAAUUAGACAAGAGUCAAAUCAAAGAAAUUGUUCUUGUUGGUGGUUCAACCCGAAUCCCUAAGAUCCAAAAACUCCUUCAAGAUUUCUUCAACGGUAAAGAGUUAAACAAAAGCAUUAACCCUGACGAGGCUGUUGCUUAUGGUGCCGCUGUCCAAGCUGCUAUCUUAAGUGGUGACAAAGACGAAUCUGUCCAAGAUUUACUUCUUCUUGACGUAACACCAUUAUCUUUGGGUAUUGAAACUGCUGGCGGAGUCAUGACUCCAUUAAUUAAGAGAAACACCACCAUUCCUACUAAGCAAUCUCAGAUUUUCACCACAUACUCCGAUAAUCAACCUGGAGUACUUAUUCAAGUCUAUGAAGGUGAACGUGCUAUGACUAAGGACAAUAAUCUUCUUGGUAAAUUUGAACUCUCGGGUAUUCCUCCUGCACCCAGAGGUGUUCCUCAGAUUGAGGUUACAUUCGAUAUCGAUGCAAACGGUAUCUUAAAUGUAUCUGCCGUUGAUAAAUCUACUGGUCGGGAAAAUAAAAUUACUAUUACUAAUGAUAAGGGACGAUUAUCUAAAGAACAGAUUGAAAAGAUGGUCCACGAGGCCGAAAAAUACAAAGAAGAUGAUGAAAAGGUCAAAGACCGUGUAUCAGCAAAGAAUGCUUUAGAAAGUUAUUGCUUCAGCAUGAAGUCAACCAUGGAAGAGCCAAGUGUAGGUAGUAAAAUUUCUGAAGAUGAUAAGAAGAAAAUCAUGGACAAGGUCGAUGAAGUCAUUAAAUGGUUAGAUGCUAACCAGUUAGCUGAAAAAGAAGAAUUUGAACACAAGCAAAAGGAAUUGCAAGAUGUCUGCAACCCAAUUGUCACUAAAAUGUACCAAGGAGCCGGUGGAGCUCCCGGUGGAAUGCCCGACUUUGCUUCUGCUGGUGGUGCUCCAGGAGCCGGUGGAGCCGGAGCUGGAGCCGGAGCUGGUGCUGGUAGCGGACCAACUAUUGAAGAAGUUGAUUAAAUAAAUCAAUUUUGUUAGCCAGAUGUAAUGACGAUUUUUGUUUAAAAUCAGAUAAACCGAUUUGGUGUAACAACUAUACAUUUUUAUCGUUUCUUUAUUCAUUUUGCUCGAUUCUAUGAUCAUAAAUACAAAAAGAGUAAUGGGUGUAACAAUAAACUCCCUCCUCUAAUAAAAAUCUGAACACGCUAGUUGACUAAA